AUGCCUUCCAGGGACCUAAGGCAGUUGAUUAGGCAGGAGAAGCAGUUGAGAUCGUCAUUAGAAAAUGUGGAAGAGUUCUUAAAUAACUACGACAAUGAUCGCGAUGAGGGUGAAGUUGAUGCUGGUGAUACAUAUGAAAGCGCUGCUGAUGAUGACACAACAUCAAGAGAUGCAGAUGGAAAAUUCCGAGUAACACUAUUCAAAAGAAAUUACUUGAUGGAACGAUUGGGAGAAUCAAAGUCAAUUGCAACCAAACGAUUUAUGGCACUUGAAAGGCGAUUAAAUGCUAAUCUGGAAAUGAAAGCUCUUUACACAGCAUUUAUCCACGAAUAUUUGCUAAUGGGUCAUAUGAAGGAAAUAAGGGACGAGGAAGAUGAACCAAAGUGUAGCUACUAUAUGCCCCACCAUGUUGUUAUGAAACCAGACAGUACCACGACGAAACUGAGAGUUGUUUUUGAUGCGUCGUGCGCCACAGACUCCGGAGUUUCGUUGAAUGACAUUCUGAUGGUGGGUCCAGUAGUUCAAAAUGAUCUGCUGUCUAUCUUGAUUCGGCUUCGGCUCCAUAAAUAUGCAAUUUUUGGCGAUGUCGAGAAGAUGUACCGAAUGAUCAACGUCGUGGAACAAGAUCAGCCACUUCAGAGAAUACUUUGGAGAGAAUCAGUGGAUGAGAGGUUGCGAACAUACCAAUUGACCACCGUAACGUAUGGCACUUCAUCAGCUCCGUUUCUUGCCACAAGGAGUUUGAAAAGAUGUGCUGAAGAGGGAGAAAAGACACAUCCAGUUGCAGCCAAUGUGACAAAGAACAGCUUCUACGUUGAUGAUAUGCUUGCUGGGGUACAUACUGUAGAUGAAGGGAAGAAACUUUGCAGCGACGUGCAAUCGCUUCUCGGAUCCGCUGGGUUCAACCUGCGGAAAUGGCACUCUAAUCAACAAGAGAUUUUGAACAAUAUACCAAGUUACUUGAGGGAUGAACGAGACGUUCUUAAUAUCGAUACGACAUCUACCGUAAAAACACUUGGUCUCACCUGA